AUUCCCCAUUGACGUCAAAAACCAGCUCUCACACUUUCUACAUCGCCUCCAUUCCCAUCUACCACUUACUUUCUUCUCAAGGUUUUUCCAAUUCCUCGAAUCUCCAUUUUUCGUUCUUCCUUUUUCAUCUCUAUCCCCCCUCUACAACCUAAUUAGGGUUUGUAACUUCUCCAAUUUUGUUGCCAAACGCCACAAAUUUGUCCCAAUUGCUGCCUUUUGAAGUGUCGAGCUAUUUUGUAAUUUCGAAUUUCGGCUGGCAUGAAGAACCCUAGAAAUAAGAAGAAGAAGAAGAAGGCCUCUGGGGCUCCGGGGCCGGACGCUGAUAAGAUUGUUACUAAAAAUGAUGUUAAUGUCGUCGGUGCAGUGACGGAGGCGUUCUCGGUGGCUUCUCUCAACGAUCCUGCACCUGUUUCUGGCGAGCCUAGGGUUGGCCUGAACGAAGACGCUGAGAGUUUGGACGCUGGCUUCGGCGACUAUACCGAUAACCUGACGACGACUUCAUCGUCCAGCGCGAUCACGGCUUCGUGUUCGAGUUCGUACUCUUCGGAGGAUGUUUUGGAUUACAAGGAUUAUAAGGGGAAGAAGCAGAAGCGGGUUAUUGCUGCCACGGGAACAAUAUCAACAGUUUUAGGGAAGGAUUAUGUUCGGUCGUCUUUGAAGAGAGAUUCGAGGAAUAAAUUCAUGGAGUUUGACCACGGGAAGAUUUCUCAACAGGAAGCUGAGCAGUUUCUCUGCUCCAUGCUAGGAGAUGAGUGUGAGCUGAGCAUGGCUGUUGUGAGAGAUGUGCUCUGCCAGUGUGGAUAUGAUGUGGAGAAGGCUUUGAAUGUAUUGCUUGAUUUAACUGCUGCUUCCAGUGAACAGUCUGGAACUGGUAGGUACUCAUGCAAUGGUGGUAACUUUAAACAAGAUUUUGGAUCUCCAGUUGAGCAGAUGGAAAAUUUGAUAGAUCGUGCAUCUGAUUCUACCUCCUAUUCUUCUGAAAGUGAGUUUCAAGAGAGUAUAUGGUCGUUUGCUGCUGCUUGUAGUUUAUUUGACCACCUCCCCCCCUCCAAAACCAGAAAAGGUAGGAACGAUGCGAAGUUUCUUGCUGGUUCCAAAGGCCAAGCACCACAAUCCUCUAGAAGUAUUGAAUCCGAUCUCCCUCAAACAUUGUUAGAGACUUUAUUCAAUGUUUCAAGAAGUCAUGAAUAUGAACCAAGCACCAUGAAUUGGAGGAGUAUGGUGGAGAAAAUGCAAUCUCUGGGACCUGCCAUUGAUGUUUAUGCCUCUAGUUGUGUUCAGGAUACUUAUGAUAAUAGUAAAGCUAAAGAUGACUAUCAGUUGUAUAGGAAAAAUGCAAAUCAGCAUUGGGAUUCAAUGAAAUCCUAUUACCACAAAGCAACAGCAGCAUAUGCAAAAGGAGAACGCAACUAUGCAUCYUACCUUUCGGAGCAGGGGAGAGCGCAAAAUAGACAGGCCCAGAAGGCUGAUGAUAAAGCAAGCCAUAAUAUAUUUAUAGCCAGAAAUAGGGACAUAGAGAAUGUGAUAACAAUUGAUUUGCAUGGGCAACAUGUCAAACAGGCAAUGCGGCUUCUCAAAAUGCACCUCCUAUUUGGAUCUUAUGUGCCCUCAAUUCAGUCUCUCAGGGUUAUCACCGGAUGUGGAUCACAUGGUGUGGGAAAAUCAAAACUGAAAACUUCGGUCAUCAAACUUCUAGAAAACGAGGGUAUCAAAUGGAACGAAGAGAAUCGGGGAACCAUACUGAUCAAGCUUAGUGGUUACAGAGAGUUUAACUUUCUGGAUUCUAACAGCGACACCGAGUAAGAUCAAGUCAYUAAAAUGUCCAAACAUUUGAUGCAUUUAUACUGUUUAACACUUCCUUGGCCCUUGGCGUACCAAUUAAGGGCAAGGUGCCAAGACAUUGAAGUUCAUUGUAAUUUGUAAACAUAGGGAAAAGAUUAUUCUAGUUGCACAGUUAGGGGAACAACUUAAAUUUAGGACCCUGAUUCGAAACUAAUUUAUACUCUUAGUUGUACCUAGAGCAUUUGACUUAACCUUCACUAGAAAACCUUGUAAUCUCAUGAUUUAUGAUAUUCUUUCCUUUUGGAGGGCUGGAUUUGUACCAUUUAAACUAAGUGGGUUUUGCCUGAUUGAAUGAUUUAUGUUUUUCAUUUGUUGAA